AUGCCAGUCAUUUCCCGUUUUCGCAGAAAGCUUUCGCGAACCAAGUCGGCACCUGGUCCGGUUGAUAUCUUGGAUGAAAAUCACGAUGCAUUGCAACCAUGGCCCAGCAAGGCGUUGUCCCUAACACCUUCCGACGAGCAGCUCGUUUCCAAACUGGCUUUUACCCCGGAAACCAUAAUCAUCGAGCGAGCGCCUCGCCAACAGACACCGUCGGUAGGAACUAGAUGGUCCGAGCGGACAGUUUUUAACAAUGUCGAGUCGGGCUUCUUAUCACUGCCCACAGAGCUUUUGAUGUUCCUCCAGCCAUAUUUGAGCCCCAGUAGCGAGGUCGCCCUCCGUCAUACUUGCUCGAGGUUCUUCCACCUUUACACCACACCAUCAUUUGUCUUGAAAGGAAAGGAGCUGUUUGAUUUUCUCUGCAUGACUGAACGAGAUCAGGACCCCACUCAACUGGAUAAGCUGGUGUGCGGCAAGUGUCAGACCCUUCAUCUUCGGUCUACCUUUCCUACGUCAGAGAUCAAACAGGAACCUACCUUGCGAGAUUGUAGACAGGUCUGGUUAUGUCCGCAUCGUCACCUUGGUUACCAGAAGACGAUCCGCAGCAUCAAGGCGGGGGUGGAAGCACCAUUUCGAGUUGAAACACUAGAGCCCUGUUCGAGGUGCAGGAACUCUAUUCGCAAUAGGUCUGUCGCCGACCGACCGGAGAAAGGCACCUCGGUAAUGGACCUGGAGAAUCCGAAGGCCGAGUCUCUCUUGAUUUCAAAAGUGGCCCUGCUUCAAUCGCCAUCUCCUCUGUAUAACACGAGAACAAGCGGCGGUAGUGGCAUGUACAAAGAAGUGUUCCAGGCCAAGGAUGUAUCCAGUGCUCUGCAAGGGAUCGAUUUCCGACUUUGCCCUCAUUUGAAGCUCGGGGAUCCCUACAUCCUGAGCAAAUUCUGCAGAGCAUGCAUUAAUACCCAACGCCUCCCACCAGGAGUCAAAGGCCCACCUUGCAUCAAUGAGUCAAAGCGAGAGUUCGGAGACAGCCGGGCUGGUGCGAAGUGUAAGGGCACCUGCUUCACUCGAGGUUGUAAAACACAGUUCAUGUUUCAAGCUCGCGAAAGUCUUUCGCCUGAUGCCUCUGGCAGACGACAAGUCUGGCUCAUUAUUGCCGUCUAUCGCUGGCUUGGUCCACUCCUGAGCGUCGGACGGGAGGCGACCUGGACGGACCACACCAUCGACCAUCAAGAACGGAAGGAGAUGCGCGUAAAAUGGGUCGAGUGGGAAAAGGCAAACCGAUCUGGACGACAAUGCAUGCCGAAUUGGAGCAUCUGCCUUCUUCAUCCGGAAGAUUCGAAUUUGCGCUGA